CUCCCCGAAAUAAAACCAGCAAAAAAGGAGAAAGCAAAUUCACGCACCUCUUCUCAGAAAGUAGAUCCAUGUCUAAGAUGAAAUUCGAUCGCAAGCCGCCGUUGGCUGCUAAGUCCCCCGGCCGGCUGUCCCGACGCGUCCUCCGAUCAACCUCAACCGCUUUGCAAACUCCGCCAGGUUCUUUAACGAAAUCUGCGAAGCCGAUCCGUUCCUGGAACGUCGAAGAAUCUGAGAUGAGACCGGAAUACAAUUCGAUUUCUUGUGAACUACGUGAGUUAGCAAAGAAGGUUAGAGACGAACUCGGAGGUGGAGAAUCGGAAAAUGCCAUGGCAACCGUAAAUAGUCUGAGCGCUAACACCACUCCUCUAUUCGAGAGAGGCAGGUUUUAUGAGGAGUACUCCGCGAGAAGAAACGAGAGACUCAGGAGAAAGAAAGGCGAAGCAAGGGAUGAGCCGAAGACGGCGUACAAGCUUGGAGUGACUGUUGAGUCUUCAAAGAGAAAGAAUUCGAAGAAGGUUGAGAGCUUGAGGAAGCCUGCUUCUGCUGCUUAUUCUGUGGAGAAGAGUGAGCAUCCAAGGUAUCUGUUGAGAAGUAUGACUAAAGAGAACAAGAAGCCUCCUCUGGCUCUUAACAACCAGAAAUCUGUGAUUGGGAGUGAUAGGAAAACUGGGGCAAGAAGAGGGAGGAUAAUUUGAAAAUUGGGAUUAGGGUUUUCCUAGGGAAGAUCCAUAGUUUUUUCUUCUUAUUUUCUUGGUAUAGGAAACAGGGAUUCCAUUUCCAUUAUGGAAUACAUUGCUCAUAGUUGUCUGGUGUCGGUAAACAUUUUGGCAUCUGGUCUUUUGUUUUUCUAAAGUUUGAGACAUUCUUAUGCUUUUAUGCAUUCUAUUUGUCUUCACCAUAGUUUGUGAAGCAUUGGUUGAAUGCAAUGAAGUUUCUUCCUAGUU